GCCCAACAUAGUUUCAAACUUACUAUGGAACGAAUGUGUCGUCAACUCAUCUGCCUCUUUUCUAUAAUCUUUGCCUUGGUUGGACCGGCAGCAGCGCGUGCCGUAGAGCUCACGACACAGACAGUGCCAGAAUCAGAACUACCAAGCAACGCAGCUGCCAUAAUUGCCGCUGUUGGUUCGAACCCAAAUACAAGUUGGUUUUGGACAGGUCGACGAGGUGCAUGUGCUUCCGAAGAUGAUGGUGUCAAGACGCUUGCCGCCACUCUAGCGUCUUCUUACGGUGGCUCAACGCUAGAGCAGCGCAUUUGUAGUCAGAAAGUCUCAAUGCCUCCCUUCGGAUCGUCUAAAGUAGCCAAAGCCUGUUGGAGAUUCGCCUCGAUCACGUAUGCAACCCAAGCAAGUGGAGAUGCCUUUGUCGUUAUUGGUAGCUGUGUGCGACUCAACAACACAUGGAAGGUUGCAGAAUUGCCAUCUCUACAGAGGGGAGGCAAGGUGCAGUGUGUUUAUCAGUUCAUCAGUGACGAUAACUGGAAAAACCCUACAUUCCUAUGGGCUGCCAAUGGACAUGAAGCUAAUUGUAUGGCGUUGGGAAAGAAAGUUAAUGCGAUGUGUGUUUAUUAAACGAGCGAGGCGAGUGGUAUGGUGAUUUUCGGUUAAAUUUCUCAUCCAAAAAUAAUCUUACAAGUUGAGUUAAAACGUGUUAGAAUACCAAUUCUUUGUUUUUAAUUUUUUGACAACAAUUUUUUGAUUUACAACAAAAAAAACGAAAAAAGUGAUCAUGUCCUUCCCUUAUUAUAUUGCGGAUUGUUUUCCUUUUCGCUUUUUUGUGAGUUCAAUAUUUUGUUUGGUUUUUUGUGUUGUGCCGAAUUUGUAGUAAUUUUAUUUCAAUUGUUGAGGUCGAUAAUAAAAAUUGCUGGUGUGUUCCCAGUAUAA